AUGAGGGUAAAAUCCAUGAAUUGUAACAUUAGGAACCCAGAGGAGAUCCCGUGGGGCGAGACCGGAGCCGAAUACAUUGUUGAAUCAACUGGAGUGUUCACUGACAAAGAUAAGGCUGCUGCCCACUUGAAGGGCGGUGGUAAGAAAGUAAUAAUCUCGGCCCCCAGCAAGUAUGCUCCCAUGUUUGUCAUGGGAUUUAAUGAGAAGAAUUACAAGCCGGAAUAUGACAUCAUCUCCAACGCUAGCUGCACUACUAACUGCCUUGCUCCCCUUGCUAAGGUCAUACAUGACAAAUUCGGCAUAGUUGAGGGUCUUAUGACGACUGUUCAUUCGAUUACUGCUACACAAAAGACUGUGGAUGGCCCAUCAAUUAAGGACUGGAGAGGAGGAAGAGCUGCUUCGUUCAACAUCGUUCCUAGCAGUACUGGAGCUGCCAAGGCUGUUGGAAAGGUGCUUCCUGCCUUGAAUGGAAAAUUAACCGGAAUGGCUUUCCAUAUUACCACCUUUGACGUUUCAGUGGUCGACCUCACGCUACAACUGGAGAAAGCAGCCUCUUACGACGAAAUCAAAGAUGCUAUCAAGUAAGGAUCUUGGAUUGUUAAAGGGAAUCUUGGAUUACACUGAUGAAGAUCUGGUUUCCACCGACUUUGUCGGUGACAGCAGGUCCAGUAUCUUCGAUGCAAAAGCCGGAAUUGCUCUGAAUGACAAGUUUGCCAAGCUUGUUUCGUGGUACGACAAUGAAUGGGGCUAUAGUUCGCCGACCUUAUUGUUCAUGUGGAUGCUGUUUCAAAAGCCAAGUAAGAGGCUUGGCUUUAUGGUCUAGGAGGCUGUAAUUUCGGCAU